CAACAUCAUCACAUCCAAGUGGAGCAAAACCAAUUAAGGCAAGCUAGCUUGUCUCUCCGACUAGCUGCCGGUUAGCUCCUCGCUGUCCAGGAGACAUGAAGCUCUCCGUGGUUCUCCUGUUUUCCCUGGUUGCCCUCCAAGCUGCGCUGCUUGGCGUGCCAUCGGCAGAGGCUAGCGGACUGAAGGUCGGCUACUACAACAAGAAAUGCAGGGGCGUGGAGGACGUCGUCAAAGGGCACAUCGUCCGGGCUAUCAAGAAGAACCCCCGUGUUGGCGCCGCUCUUGUUCGGCUCGUAUUCCACGACUGCUUCGUUAGGGGAUGCGAUGGCUCUGUCCUCCUUGACAAAUCCGCACAAAACCCUAACCCGGAGAAGGAGGCGAAGGCGAACAUCGGGCUCGCCGCCUUUGACAUCCUUGAGAUGAUCAAGGCCGACAUCGAGAAGAAAUGCCCCGGCGUAGUGUCGUGCUCCGAUAUACUUGUCUACGCUGCCCGUGACGCCACCAAAAUUCUCAGCAAGGGGCAUAUCAACUACGACGUCCCCGCCGGCCGCCUCGAUGGCUUUGUCUCCUCGGCAUCCCAGGCCCAAACGGAGCUCCCGGACUCCACCUUCACCGCCCAACAGCUCAUCAAAAGCUUCGCCCUCAAGAAUUUUGACGUGGAGGAGAUGGUCAUCCUCUCUGGAGCGCACUCCAUCGGCAUGGCACACUGCUCGUCCUUCAAGGGCCGUCUCGCUGCGCCUGCAGACCAGAUCAACCCGGCCUACCGCAACCUGCUCAACUACAAGUGCGGCCAGAGCGCUAACCCGCCCGUGGUCAACAACGUCCGCGACGAGGACUACACCACCGUCGCCAAGUAUAUGCCAGGGUUCAAGAGCCGGGUGCGCAAGAUCAGGGACUUGUUCGACAACUCCUACUACCACAACAACCUCGCUAGGAUCGUUAGCUUCAACUCCGACUGGCAGCUGCUGACGCACACGGAGGCGCGGGGCCACGUCCAUGAAUAUGCGGACAAUGGCACGCUCUGGAACGAGGAUUUCGCCGCAUCCAUGGUCAAGCUCAGCAUGCUGCCCAUGCCGGCGGGAAGCAAGGGCGGGAUCAGGAAGAAGUGCAGCAUCGUCAGCUACUAAAUAGUACAUGCAUGCGUGGAGAUCCAACAAGGAAGAUCCAUUUGGCGUGUGUGUAGAGUUCAAUAAUCUUUGUGUGGUUUUUUUGUUUGAUCCAUUCUUUUGAUUCCCAUUUCUCGUGUUUUCCAGAUCUAUUGAUCUGCUACAUAUUUCUCAAUAUAUCGCUACA